AUGGUCUCCACCAGUAUUCAAGACCGGACGACCGAGUUCCGCACUAUCCUCGCUCAGGCUCAGAAGCGGCAGAUUGCCACAAAAGGAGGCCCUCAGCGACAGUCCCUGUUGAGUGAGGCACAAAGGAGAGAAGCAAACGGCGGCGCCAAUGGGUCCUCGAGAGGCGCAAGAUCUGAAUUUGCUCGAAAUGCCGCGCAGAUUGGUCGUGGUAUCACUGCCACGAUGGGAAAAUUGGAGAGAUUAGCACAGCUCGCCAAAAGAAAAGCUAUAUUUGAUGACCGACCGGUAGAAAUCUCUGAGCUCACAUAUGUGAUCAAACAAGAUCUGGCCGGGCUCAACUCUCAGAUCUCGGCGCUCCAACAACUGACACAAUCCCAACAUCCAACUGCAUCCCAGCCCCGGUCAGCCGACCAAGAAGGACAACACAACAAGAACGUCGUGUUAAUGCUACAGAAUAAAGUCACCGAUGUUGCCGCGAAUUUCAAAGACGUGCUGGAGAUACGGACGAAGAAUAUUCAAGCGUCGAGGUCCAGGACGGAAAAUUUCGUGUCAUCUGUCUCCGCGCGUUCACAAUCGCAUUUAGAUGAUUCACGAUCAGAAUCUCCGUUAUACCAAAAUGUCUCGAGCCGGCAGAGAACACCACAGGACUCGACAAAUGACCUCCUGACGCUGGAGCCUUCAAACAAGUCUACUUUGAUGCGGAAUGCCCCCCAAUCCGAGCAGCAACUCCUACUCAUGGAAGAGGCCCAUCAAGCCAACACAUAUAUUCAAGAAAGGGGUCAAGCCAUUGAAGCCAUUGAAAGAACGAUAAAUGAAUUGGGAGGUAUUUUCGGACAGCUUGCAUCUAUGGUGUCAGAACAAGGAGAAAUGCUACAGCGAAUAGAUGCAAAUACUGAAGAUGUGGUGGAUAACGUCCAAGGCGCCCAGCGAGAGUUGUUAAAAUAUUGGAAUCGUGUUCAAGGCAAUCGGUGGCUGGUCGCCAAAAUGUUUGGCGUGCUGAUGAUAUUUUUCCUCUUGUGGGUUCUAAUAUCCGGCUGA